GAAUGAGAAGCAGUUCCGAUCAGACAGGAAGGAGCAUAGAGAGAGAGAGUGUGUGUGCAGGCUGAGUGCCUGGGAGGAAAAGGCCGGCGAUUCCCGAUGAGCCUGAGGCACAGGCCCUGAGACACCGGGCGGACUACGAAAUGAGGGGCAGGGCAGGAUCCCUCCCCCUCCCCCUCCCCCUCCCUCACCUCUUCCUCCUCCUCCCCCUCCUCCGGUGGGGCAGCCUCACGCUGGGCAGUGUGGGGGCCUACGACCCGCUAGCCUGGGAUGAGAACGGCUACGUCCUCUAUUGCCCCUGUAUGGGUCGAUUUGGGAACCAGGCUGACCACCUGCUGGGCUCUUUGGCGUUUGCGGAGAUGCUGAACCGGACAUUAGUGGUGCCCCCUUGGGUGGUUUACAGGCACCAUAUACCCCCCUACACAAACGCCCACGUUCCGUACAGUGAAUACUUCCAGCUGGAGGCGCUGAGGGAGUUCCACCGGGUGCUCAGUAUGGAGGACUUCAUGCAGGAGCUGGCACCAGAGCACUGGCCAGCCGGAGAGAGGGUGGCAUACUGCUUUGAUGUGGCAGCACACCGAAGCCCCGAUAGAUUGUCCUGUCCCAUGAAGGAUGGGAAUCCCUUUGGACCGUUCUGGGACCACUUCAACGUGGAUUUUGAUCGCUCGGAGCUGUUUAGCGGGAUUGCCUUCAACUCCUACUACAAGACCCACUGGAUUGCAAGCCCUGGGACAAUGGGGCUGGGAGUCCUGAGCUGGGACUCGCCUCCUCCCCACGAGUUCAAAGCCAAAGGCGACUGGGUCAUCGGGAGAGCUGGAGCUGUGUCUCCCUCUUUGCUUCCCCAGGUGAAGGUCGUGAGCCUACAACCCCAGCUUCCACAGAUUGACCUCUACAUACUCGGACAGGCUGACCACUUCAUCGGGAACUGCGUCUCCUCCUUCACUGCCUUCGUCAAGCGCGAGCGAGACAUCCAUGACAAGCCCUCCUCAUUCUUCGGGCUGGACGACCCGCCAGGGCCACGGGACGAGUUCUAAGA